AAAAACCCAACCAAUCGCCAGUUCCAAGAUGGCGGCGCCCAUGAGCGCUUGUAUUUUCGGUCGUCUGCGUUGUGGAAACUGACUCGGAUAAUAAACGUUGAAUUGGAUUCUACUAAGUACUAAACGAUGAGCAAACGGAAACGCGAGGAGGGAGAGAUGGAGCCUAGAGAAUUUACAAAUAAUUUCGAUGCUUUCAGCGAAGAAAUAUCGAAGAGUUGGCAACAGAUAAGUGAGGGUUUUGCAGGUAAACUAAAAGCGGGCAUAUCCAGUCUCCUGCCUCGUAUGGUGGAAGGGCUGAGGCAAGCGGAUGACCAUGACGACUCGGUGUAUACUGGGAAAACUGGUAUAGCUCUCCUGUACCUCCAGCUCCACACCGCCUUCCAGCAAGGCGACGACUUGGCCACGUCUUACCAGCAUCUCAAGGCCCCACUACAGAGGCUCCGAGGCCGACGCCAUACCUUCCUCUGCGGGGAUGCGGGACCUUUAGCCGUGGGUGCCGUGGUGCUGAGCAAGCUGGGCCGAGCGUCCGAGAGCCAAGCCUGCGUUGACAAGUUACACGACCUCCACAGAGCAGCCCUGGACCCCGGCCUCCCAGAUGAACUCCUCUACGGCCGCGCCGGGUACCUCUACGCCCUCCUGUACCUCAAGUCCCGCCUACCGGGGGUAACCAUCGACGAUGCCGUGGUGGAGAGGGUGUACCGAUGCAUGAUUGAGUCCGGAGGGACACUGUCUAAGAGAGAGAAGUCUAAAUCGCCGCUCAUGUAUGCCUGGCAUGAGAAGAAUUACGUCGGGGCUGCGCAUGGGAUGUGCGGGAUUCUGUGCUUGCUAAUGCAGGUCACUGCUCCCUGGGCCCAGCAGUUCCUCCAUUCACACAUCAAACCCAGCGUGGACUACGUCACGCAGCUGGCCUUCCCAUCAGGCAAUUUCCCCUCGUCGCUAGGCAACAGCUCGGACCGGCUGGUUCACUGGUGCCACGGUGCGCCGGGCGCCAUCCAUAUGCUGCUACAGGCACACAAGGUAUUUGGUGACAGCAAGUACUUGGAGGCGGCGCGGAGAUGCGGCGUCGUAAUCUGGGAGAGGGGUCUGCUUAGGAAGGGUUACGGGCUGUGCCACGGCACAGCCGGCAAUGCCUACGCCUUGCUCACACUGUAUCAGAGUACAAAGGACAGCAAAUAUUUGUAUCAAGCUUGUAAGUUUGCUGAAUGGUGUCUGGACUAUGGAAAGCACGGUUGCCGUACUCCCGACCGACCCUUUUCUCUGUUUGAAGGAAUGGCUGGCACCAUCUAUUUCUUGGCCGACCUUCUCAAUCCCGAAACUGCCCAAUUUCCUGCUUUGUACAUUUAGCUGGUUACUAGAUAUCUAACGGUCAAAGAGUUACAGACGAGAAAGGGAAUUCUGCUGAGCAAGGACAUUUGGUGAGCAGGACGUUGCAGACAACCAGUGAGAUGCAGGUGAUAUUGUGUUAUGCUUUGGUCCGCUCGUUCCCCCUGCCUGGCGCUGGGAUGGGCUGAUGAGCUUUACAAAAUCUUGUGAAGGAAGUGGGGAUGGCAUUCUGGGUGAUAUCAUGACCUAUAUAAAGACAUCAAGCUGCAGCUUUUUAAGACCGCAGUUAGCCAAUGUGCGCAAAUCCUAUCCAAAAAUGUCUCAUAGAAAUACACACAUUCCAUACCGGAUGUGAUUUCUCUUUCAUUGCGGACCAUGUGGACAUAUUUUGAGCGUCGCGUAAUAUGCAA